CUUUACGUUCUGGCAUUUCUGGUUUCAUAACAGCAACAAAAGGCCAGCAGAGGACGUCGGUGUCUGGAGGAGCAGCAAAAUGGGAGUGAAAAUCAAAGUCGAAUACUGUGGCAGGUGAGGAUACGAACCCCGCUAUCGGGAACUCGCCCAGGUGGUUCAGGCUGAGUUUCCCGAAGCGGAAGUGUCCGGCUUUGUGGGAAGAACAGGCAGCUUUGAAGUUGAGAUCAACGGGCAGCUUGUCUUUUCCAAGCUCGAGACAAAUGGCUUCCCGUAUGAGGAUGACAUCCUGAACGCAGUCCAGGACGCCUGUGAUGGAAAACCUGUGCAGAAGAUCACCAAAAGCCGCGCUCCGUGCGUCAUCAUGUAACCCUCUCCUCCGGUCAGCGUCCCUAAGGAUGAGCGCAGCUUCACCAACAACUGACCACGAGCUGCUCACCGUGAUGCAGGUCACCAUCGUCUGCUGACGUCCGGCUCCUCUCUCUGCUCCCGUCGGCUGCUUCAGGCUGUUGAUGAUUACCAUAGCUGAAAAUCCUGUAGGUUAUGGUUUGAAGGAUUUAUUCCUGGAGUUUGGCUCCAACYGGAUCGGAGAAAGGGAGAGUUUGUCACAGAAAGGUCUGAUAUCGCCUCAUUGCCUGACUUUACUGUAAUGUUUUUUUUUUUUUUUCAACAUAAAUUUUCAGUGAAAGCAAAAUACUACUAAAAAGCAUAAAAACUCUAGUUAUAAAGGUAGAUUUUACACAACUCUGUUUGGAAACCUGGUAGAAAUUGUCUGACUUACUGGAUUUCUGGGGCUAAAUUGUGCUGCUGGUUAGAAUUUGUGGUUAAAACAUUAAACUCACGGUGGUUUUGCAUACAGAAGCAUGAGCUCUGCCAAGUACCUAACCUCCUUUAAUUCUGCCUUUUUUAUGUUUUAAAUCAUAUCUGUAACUUGAAUCCAGUUACAUUUGCUACAUAAAUCUCUUCAAUUUGUUACUCUUCAGUUUUUAAAUAAAGGAACCGCUUCAGAAKAGCA